AUGAAUAGCCCUCUGGAAAGGUGGCUACUGGUAACCGGCGUCAUAAUUAGCUUCAGUGCGUGCAUUCUGACGGAGGAUGUUUCCUGUUCAAGAAUUGAUUUCGAUCAAGCAACAUUAACAUAUUUGUCUCGUUGUUCUUAUACUCAAGAGUUUACCGUGAAACAGUAUAGCGCAACAACAGUGUUUACUCCGUAUCGAGAUUAUGCCGAAUAUUACCUUUCGGAGGAGUGGCAAGGAUUAACGUGUGGCGAAACAGUGCAAAGUUUUAGUGUGAAUGAACAAACUGAGCUAAGAAUGGUGUACAAUUUGGUUUUUGAUUUCGGUGCUUCACUGGAGGUUAGAGUGCUGGAUUUAGAUCGAAUUGAUAGCGAAGGAAACCCAAUGGUCGUUAUUCGAUGGAAAACGGAACAGGCUACCCGUGGUUGGGGACUGUUCCGAGAGAAGAUGGAUAAAACUGUCAAGCGUGCCAAGAUACAAAUCGAAGCUAAUAUGAACUCAGGUAGUGAUGUUGCCAUUGAGUACUUCACUGUUUUUAAUUACGAAGUUGAAACGGACGAAUGCAACAGCAUAGAUGAAUUCGCCACAACAACGAUUUUACCUACCACUUCCACUACUUCUGCUUCUAGUACUACUAUCACUACCACUACAUCUACUACAAGUACUACAGUGAUGUUGACUACCACCACUGCUAGUGAAUCUUCAUCUAGCUCGCCUUUUACUACUACCGCUGUUACUACUCCAAGCGUUCAUCCUACUACUAGAAGCAGUAGUAGUAGCACAUCGAGUACAGCAACAACCAACAUGUUCACUAGCAGCACUGCUGAGCAGACUUUAGAAACCGACAUAUCUACCAGCAAACUAACAACUUUGGGCUCAACAACAAAUUCUCCAAGAUAUGAAAGCACAUCUACGGUAAGCCAACUGAUAACUUCAACACUGGACCCGCCGGUCACGGAAGAUCUCCUAACCGUGGCCGGUGCGACGGAUUGGAUAUGGAUUGGACUAGCAGCAGUAUUUGCCUUUCUGUUUUGUCUUGCCACUGUCAGUGCAGUAUACAUCUAUGCUAUGAACAGGAACCUUCAAAGAAUUGGUUUGCAAAUAAAAAUGAGACACAAAGGUGAAUCGUCUUGCACUAAAAAUCGUUUGCCCUAUAAAGUUCAUAAUUCAUCGUAG